AUGGCUGAAGACCGUUCAGUUACUCUCCCAAAGAAAUCCAGGUCUAUGGCUGCCUGCAUAGGCUGUGGCUUGAUCCAAGAUAGAGACGUCUGGAAGCAUGAAACUACAUGUCCAAACUGUGGAUGGACCGCUACUGAAAUUGAUUCAUGGGUAAGCAACUCUUUCAACGGAAUUUUAGCUCUAUUUCAACCACAAAAAUCGUGGUGCUCAUCAUGGUUAAAAUACAACAAGAAUGUACCCGGAAUUUAUUGUAUAGAUAAUUUAGGCGAAGUUACUGAUACUAUUGUACAACAUUUAGAAAGCUACGGUAGGCCACUCCCUGAAUGGGUAGAGAGAUACAAAGUUCAGUCAACACAACAAAAGACCCAUUAA